GGGGCGCGGCCCAGGGGCGGGGCGCGCCGAGCCCGCAGGCCGCUCCCGAGUCUGGCUCGUCCCCCGGAGCCCCGCUCUCGGUCCCAAGAUGACGGCGAGCAAGCGGGUGGCGAAGGAGCUGGAAGACUUGCAGAAGGAGCUUCCCAAGUACCUGCGGCACCUGUGCAGCGCGGAGGACAAUGUGCUGGUGUGGCACGCGCUGCUGCUGCCUGAGAGGCCACCCUACAACCUCAAGGCCUUCAGGCUGUGCAUCAGCUUCCCGAGGGAGUACCCGUUCCAGCCCCCCACGGUGAAAUUCACCACCAGGAUCUACCACCCCAACGUGGACAGGGACGGGAGGGUGUGCCUGCCCCUCAUCACCAAGAAGAACUGGAAAGCCAGCACCAAGACCUGCCAAGUCCUGGAGGCCCUCAACAUGCUGGUGAAUCAGCCAGAGCCAGGAGAGCCCGUUCGGCUAGAGCUCGCGCAGCAGCUGACGCAGGACCCAGAGCUGUUUGACAGGACGGCCCAAGAGUUCACCCUCCAGUUUGGAGUGGACCGGCCCUCCUAACCCGGCUUCUGACCCGCCUGCUUUCUGUGUGACGAAUGGACGCCCCUCAUGGACGGGGGGCCAGAGCCUCUUUGCGAUUUUGCACUUGCUCGUGUCUUCCAAGAUUUCCUUCUUAGGUUUUGUGUGUGUGUGUGUGUACAGGGAGGGGACUGCCGUUAUGAGUGUGGACCCACUGGCCACAGAUGUGCUUUCCCCAGCCCCUUUCUCUGCCCCAGAGCCAGAGGCAUUUAGGUUUGCAGACUCAAAAUCCAGCUCUCCAGUGCUCCGUGAUGGGGUUCCUGGUCCCACCGGUUGGUCCAUCUUAGAGACUCAGGCCACCUUCCCAGCCAGAUGAGCAGCCAACCAGAAUGCCCUCCCCCCACAGAGCCCUGCUUUGGGGCAGCAAGUCAGGUGGGAUGCAUACCAGGAGGGGGCCAGGGGGAGGAGGGACUCUUACAACCAAGUGCUCUGGGGUUGGAGCGGUUGCAUCGUAGACCUGUAUGGAUUUAGGUGCAAAACCUUUCUGUUUCCACUGAUGAAUCAUAAAGUGAAGAAUCUCCUCUCCACCCCAGAAAUCUGA